UUUCGAUUAAACUGCCAUCAGAUAAAAUGUCAGCAGCAGUAGGACGAGAACAAAAGUCAGCGUUUCAAAACAAUGGCCUGCUGAUUAGCGAGAAGAGUUGUUACAUGAUCCUGGACAUAAUUGGCGAAGGAGCUUUCGGUAGUGUUGCCAGGGGAGUGAAUUUGCGCACAAAGGAGGAUGUUGCGAUCAAGAUUUUGUCUGACAAAAAAGUAUUCAAAACAGAGAUCGACAUGAUGGAAGUCGUGAGUGUUCUGGACCCAGUUAAAUCCAACGUGGUGCACUUCUAUGAGAAGGUUGAGCAGGUUGGACGUACCUGCCUCGUGUUCGAAAGGUUGGACAGGAAUCUGGACGAGCUUCUCGAUGACAGAGAGGGCAAACCGCUGCUUGUCAGUGAGAUACGGCCGAUAUCACAACAGGUGCUGACGGCCUUAGAAGCCCUGAGGGGACUUGGCAUCAUCCACAGUGACUUGAAGCCAGAUAAUAUCAUGCUGGUUAAUCACCAGAACGAGCCAUUCCGCGUCAAACUCAUAGACUUUGGCUUGUCGCUCAGAACCUCUGAAGUGAAAGACGGAAUGGUGAUUCAGCCUCUGGGUUUCAGGGCACCUGAAGUCUCCCUGGGUCUCCCCAUCUCCCAAGCAAUCGACCUGUGGGGUCUUGGGUGUAUUCUGGCAUACUUGUACCUCGGUGUGGAACUUUUUAGUAUAGGCUGCGAGUAUCAGAUGAUGAGGAGCAUGAUCACUCUCCUGGGCAAACCAGAUGAUUACCUCCUCAAUGCAGGAACAUACACCCAUUGGUUCUUCACGGAGAACCCGCCCUGGAAAAACCCUAAAUGGUCACUGAAGAGCCCACUGCAAUUCAGGCUGGACACUGGGGUGGACCCUGAAAAGAGCUGGCCAAUUCAGUUCAGUUCCCUGGAUCAGCUUGAAACAAUUUACCAAGAGGGUAAGGAGCCAAUUAAUAUGAGUGACAACAAAGCCUUCAUCAACCUGCUGAAGCAUCUUCUGCACAUGGACUCUGAUCUGAGGAUCAGUUCUGCUGAUGCUCUGCAGCACCCGUUUAUAUCCAUGGAACACAUGGAGGAGCUGGACACCAGCCUUUAUGUGUGCAACGCAUUUGAGAAGAUGAUCGUCUGCAAGUUGGAGGACUUGAAGGAUGACUCCAUCCUGAAUGACAAAGUCUCUGCCUCUCCUCUCUGUGGUGAUGACGUCACUAACGAGCCUGCCACACUUGGAGAAAUCCUGUUGAUAAAGACGGACAACUCUCUGGAGGAAACGUCUGAUGAUAAGACUGAGGAGGAAGUUCAGUGCGUGUCUUCAACGUCUCCUUGCGCCAAUGAAUGCAGCACAAAUCUGCCUGAARKAGCAGCUGCUGCYGGAGCUGAGGAUGCUGAAGCUGUCAAUCACGAUGCCAUCAGUUGUGAUCCGACUGAGGAGAAGACGGUGCCUGUUCAGGGCGUGUCUUCAACGUCUCCUUGCGCCAAUGAAUGCAGCACAAAUCUGCCUGGAAUAGCAGCUGCUGCUGGAGCUGAGGAUGCUGAAGCUGUCAAUCACGAUGCCAUCAGUUGUGAUCCGACUGAGGAGAAGACAGUGCCGGAUGUUUCACCUGAUGUCAAAAGAAGGAAGAGCCUGUUCAAAAGGAUUCGCUCAUUCUUCAGCAGAAAGUUUAGACCCUUGUGCUGCAUGAGAAGAUCUUAGGUGAAAAUUGUGCAAACCAUUCAUAUACACUUCUAACUGACAUUAGACAUGAAUGUGCACAGACUCAAUUUAUCAUUUUUGUUUAUACUCUGUUUUAUCUUUGUCCCAGAGGGAAUUUUUUGACUUCUGCGAUCUAUUUUGAUGUCACACAUAGGGUUGGGCAUCGUUUGGAUUUUAACGAUUCCGAUCCUCAAUAUCGAUUCCAAUUCUUUGAGGUGGAGGAGAGAAAAAAAAACAAGAUAAUUUUUUUAUUUGAAAAAGCCUU